CGGCGGCUCCUGCACCGAGAGCGGCACGGCCGGCGGGGCUCCGCGACCUCUGUGCGGUGCCCGCUCCGACCCGCAGCGGGAAGCGCCUGCACCGGAGUCACGCCGGAGUCACACCGGCUCGUGGGGGUGACACAAGCCGAUCGGGCCGACACACCUCGGUUGGCAGUAACAGCCUCUCUCCAGGGGUCCCCUAAUGUCCGGCCGUCACUGAAUGCAGGGCCGGGGCCGGAGCAGCCGGCACAGACACCAGCUCACCUGUUGACAGGACGGGAGGAGCCGGAGCCUGUACCGAGAAUGUAGAAGAUAGCAACAUGGACAAAAAACUCCAUUAUGUUAAAAAAGAGCUGCUCCGAAGGGAAAUUCCUCCAGUCUUGUUGGUGCUGCUGCUUCUCGCUGUCCUGCUCCUGAAUUUCCUUCUGUACAUGCAUCUCAACAAUUUCUCCGUCACCACCGGGCAGCCUGACGUGGACUCCAGCCUCUGCCCAUUUGGGUACUUCAGAUUAGGACCAUUGAAAAAUUGCUCGCCGUGGCUGUCUUGUGAAGCCAUAAAUACAGAAGUCAGGAAACUGAAGUGUGUUGGUGAAGGGGCUGUGAAAAAGGUCUUUCUUUCUGAAUGGAAGGAAAACAAAGUAUCCCUUUCCCAGCUUGCCAACUCAGAGCUGAAGAAAGAUUUUCUUCAUGGACUGAAGAUGCUGAAGUCUCUCCAGAGCAAGUAUGUUGUCAGACUGCUUGGCUAUUGCGAGAAGCAGUUCACAAUCCUUACCCAGUAUCACCCAUUAGGCUCCCUGAAGAGCCUGAAUGAAAUGCUGGACCUUCCCAGAUAUAAGGGCUCGAAUACUUGGCAUCGCAGAUUCAUGCUCGCAAUAGACUAUGUGAGCAUCAUCCAUUAUUUGCACAACAGUCCUUUGGGCACCUUAGUAAUGUGUGAUUCCAAUGACUUGGACAAGGUGUUAUCGCAAUAUCUGCUGACAAGUGACUUUCAUGUUCUGGUGAAUGACUUGGAUGCCUUGCCUCUCGUGAACAAGAGUGCUGGCAGGCUGGUGAAGUGUGGCCAUCGGGAGCUCCAAGGCGAGUUUGUAGCUCCUGAACAGCUUUGGCCCUAUGGGGAGGAGGUGCCAUUUAAAGAUGACCUCAUGCCUCCAUAUGAUGAGAAGACGGACAUAUGGAAAAUCCCUGAUGUCUCCAAUUUUUUCUUGGGCCACGUUGAAGGGAGUGAUAUUGUUAGGUUCCAUUUGUUUGACAUCCAUGCAGCAUGUAAGAAGAAGAACCCAGCUGAAAGGCCUUCUGCCCAGAUGGUCAUGGACACAUACAGGAAAAUUUUAACGUUGCUGCUCAGAGAGGCUGCCAUGCCUGGUACCAGGGAAAUGUUAUAAACGACUGUGAGAAGACAUACAUGUACUCUGGUUGAUGUCCUUUUAUUUAUUUAGCACCCACAGGGUGCUAGGUCCUUUACAAACUGGUAGCAGGACAAGGUCUCUACCCAAAGAACAAAGGAGACAAAAUUGACACUUGUGAUGGUUUGGAAAAAGUUUUCUGUGGAUUAUACUUUCAGAUACCUAGGAGCAGUGUGGAGUAACUGCCGUGUUGAGUUGAGAUGCAACCUGUGUCAGAGGAGACACACACUGUACUCCCCCUUGGAGAGUUUACUUUUGUUCCUUCUUGUUUUGCUCGUCUCCUUUAAUCUAAAACAAGCCUGAAAAUGUAUGGCUGAUUUUUGGUAUGGAAUAACAUACCCCACACACUGUGUGGGAGAAUCUCUGAAUCAGACUGGCAGCAAAUCGUUUGCUCACCAGCUGAAAAUACAGCUUCCAAAUAUGUAAAUUUUAAAAAGUGGGAGCAGAGAUCUUGUAUUGGUGACAUUGGUGGCCAUUCUCCUGGUUAAUUAUUUGUGAUCACGUGUGGACAGAUUAGCAUGACUGUUUAGUAAGACACAGUCUGCUUCAAGCCUAGCCAGCUAAGAUGCAAGAGAAAUUCUCUUCUGUGGAGGCCUACUAGUAUUAUGUUGCUAUGUUGACUCCAGAUGUAAAAAUCUUGCUUAGAAAUGGGAAAGUUUUUCUGCAAAUGGCUAUGUUAUAGUUGCUCUCAUCUUGUGCUAGUGUCUCUUUUAAGGAAAUCUGCCUUGUUAUUUUCAAGUUUGGCCUGUUACAUUAUAUGGAUUUUGUCAUGUGCCCCUACUCCCCCAACGUACUCAUCAGCACCCUCACAAGCCUCCUCGUUGCUCUGCCGUGUAGGAGGCGGGGGCCAAGAUCAUAAGCCAAGAUUUUCAAAAGGGACUUGGGAUUUUUGGAUGUCUCACUCUUUUCGGCAGUCUCGACUUAAAACACCUUAAGGGAGCCUGAUUUAAAAGAAGCGAAACGGCAGUGGUAUCAUCCCAUUGAUUCCUAUGGGACUGCUCACAGAGUAAGGGGGUACCUUUACUCACACUGAGUAUCAGGAUCUGCUGCUCCUGUAUUAACAAUACUGAUCUGAAUUAAAUAGCUUUCAUUUUAGUCAGGUAUGAAGGAAAGCUGGAUAUGUUGAAUAAAAGACGGACACAGAGUUUAAACAGCUAGCCAAUAAGUUUAUUGUAUAGUUAAAUGGGCUUGCAAGAAAUAUCAAUAUAUGAUGGCUAUAAAAUAAACAUGUUAUAUAUCUGCUGUAAAAAGAGCCAUCACUGACAAAAAAACCUGCCAGGUUUGUUAUACUGAGCUCUCAAUAAGGACCAGAGUCUGUCCUCCUCAUUCAUGUUGCACAGUAUCUUACUCUGCAAGCAGCCAUAUUGAUUUCACAGAGUGAGGGGGGACAGAUUCUGGCCCUAAAAUACCAUUUUGCCUUGGAGACUUCAUGAGGCCAUCAAAGUCUCUCUAUUUUUGGUUACAACUUAAAUAUGAGAUAUUUGUACACACUGACUCCAGGACCCAGAGCCAUCCUCUCCACUGCCUUCCA